AUGUCGUACAACGGAAUAGGGCUUAAAUCAGCAAAAGGAUCAUCUACGUCAGGCCACGUGCAGCGAUCGCUUGCCAGUAACCCAAAUAGGCGCAGGCCACAAGAUAGUCAGCUGCAGCGACUGCAGCAACAAAAGGCGAUUAAGAAGGCCAGCCGUGACAAGGCAAAUAGGCCCCUCGCAGUGCAAAAACAGAUGGAAACCCAUCUAGAGAAACGUGAGAUCGAGGUGCAAGUUAGCGAGCUACGCGAUCGACUAGAGGAGGAUGAAUCGGUUUCGGAAGAGCAAAUUGACAAGAAGUGUGAAGCUUUGAGAGCAAAACUGACGAGUGAGUGGCAAGAACAGCAACGAAUCUCCUCUUUGUACACUUCUCGUAAGGCGCGGCUGACUGAAGAAUAG